GCAAAAAAAGUCUCGAAAGUCGCGUCCCACUUUGACGGUCUUCCGGGGUUGAUUGCCCGUGUGUUUUGAAGUGCGUCCGCCGGCAGUCCGUCCAGUCUUGAAGUCGUCUCCGUCCGUCCUCAAGGUCCCCCCACCCACCGUCCACCGUCCACCUCCCCCGACCGAACGACCGGCCGACCUUCCCUCCCACCGAACCUUUCCUCCGAACCCCGGACCGUUUUUUUCUUUUACGGAGAAAAAGACCAAACACAACAGACAAAAUGAUCGGCUCCAUGGGUCUAAGGAUACCCCGUGCGACAAGCUCGCUCCUCGGCCGUGCUGUCAACGCCGUCGCCACCAACCAGUCUGCCGCCGCCAGCAUCGCCGCCCAAAGGAGAUGGCAGCACUACCUUAUGCCGCUCCGCGACAACUUCGAGCAGAAAGGCAUCCCCAACUUCCUCAGCCCCGGCUCCAUCAACAUGGCCUAUACCGAGUACCAGACCUACAUCUUGGAGAAGCUUAACGCGCUUGUAGCAGGCACCGACUUCGAGCAAAAAGACACCAAGUCCAUCGUCCUCGCCACCGCCCGCGACCCCGAGCUCGCCCACGUCUUCAACCACGCCUCCAUGGCGCACAACAACCACUUCUUCUUCGACCACCUGUCCCCGGCCCCCGUGAAGAUGGGCGACAAGCUGUUCUAUCACAUCAACGAGAACUUCGGCUCCGUCGACACGCUCCGCGACGAGAUGAUCGGCACCGCCGUCUCCAUGUUCGGCCCCGGUUUCGUCUGGCUCGUCCGCACCCAGCUUCCCGGUCAGCCCGUCGCCCUCCGCGUUAUGGCCACCUACCUGGCCGGUUCCCCUUACCCGGGCGCCCACUGGCGCCGCCAGGAGGUCGACGCCCAGACUGCCAUCGGCAGCUCCCCCCAGGGAUUGGCCAACGGCCAGCGCUUCCUCGAGCGCAGCGCGGCUGGGUUCAAGGGCAACAGGCUCGAGCCUACGGCUCCCGGCGGCACUGAUUUGAUCCCGAUCUUGUGCCUCAACACGUGGGAGUACGCCUGGCUCCGCGAGUACGGAACCGGUGUGGGUGGUAUGGGUGGUAAGCUGGCGUAUGCGCAGAGCUGGUGGAACAUGAUUGAUUGGGCUAAGGUCGAGGAGGAGGCCAGGCUGGAGGCUAGGAUUUUGACGGGUGGUGAUAGCUCUGUUUCGCCUCUUGCUUCCGUUUUGUAAGGAAGAGGAGGGAGGAGUGGGGAACUAAAGUAGGAAGCGAGGCGAGAGCGUGAAAGCUUGAGCUUUGACUUUUUGGUUCUGACUACUCGAGACUACUGGUUCAUCAAUUCUUACCUGCCGCCGCCGCCGUCGGUCUGCCGGUUGUUACCUUGUCCUGUUCGGUCUCUGUUUGUGAGACAAGAGAAGAGCGAGUGGAAAAGGGAUGCGAUGGCCGGUUAUACGGUUUCUGUCUAACUUUGUGUAUCUGUCUGUGUAUAUGGAACCCGGGGAAAAUUGGGAAAUGUGUUCUGUACGAUAGGAUAGCGUGAUGGUGGGGCUGGCCGGAAAAAGAGAAAGGAAAGUAAAAACCAACCAACCUUGACGACUGUCAUUCAUGUGUUCACAUAUAUCAUCAUUGAACGAAGUCGUUGCGGAAGAAGGAAGCCAUAUACCUGCCAAUUGGAGUAUAUAAACAUGCAAGAUACGUACAAAGCUACAAACGUCGAACGAAGCAUU